ACCCCGCCCCGCCCCAGUUGGGCCGGGCCUAAGGCGGCCGCGCAGCCGCCGCCAGGGUCGGGAGAAGCGGGGCGAGAGGGUGGCUAUGGAGCCGCUGCUGCUGGCCUGGAGCUGCUUCCGGCGCAGGAGGUUCGAGCGCUGCUCCGAGCUGUGCGCCGAGCUGCUCCAGUCGGCGCCGGCCGCGCAGGAGUCGGAUUCUGGAUUCACAAUAUCUCAGGCUGCUUGGAGUCUUAAGACACGAGCAUUAACAGAAAUGGUUUAUGUUGAUGAAAUUGAUGUGGAUCAGGAGGGGAUAGCAGAGACGAUACUUGAUGAAAAUGCCAUUGCUCAAGUUGCACGUAAGUACAAAGCUUUCAUAUAAAUGUAUUAAAAUAGCUCAAGUUUCUUAAGGCAAGACUGUUCUCUAAUAGCUGAUUGCACAUAAAUGCACUGACCUGGCAUUAGCUUUCAGGUGCCACCACAACUUUGUUUGAGCAUCAAUAAAAAUGUCAUUACUUAAGACAUGCUAGAUCCAAGUAGAAUAAAAUCUUGGUUACAGUAAUUAAACUGUAGUUCUAAAGAGCCCACAUAUUUUAAGCAGAAUAGUAUACAUUAGGAUGAAUCUUCCGAAUCAGUGCUUUAGUUUGUCCUGUGGGUGGACCAUAGAUGUGAGGUGUACUGUAUGUACCUGAUUUGGUACCUGGGCUCUUCAGUUAAAGCAAAAAUCCAUUUUCAAGUCAAGAGUUCAAACAAGUGGUACUUUAUUAACCCUCUCCCCCAGCCCAGAAGUUUAAUCCUUUUCUUGUCAGUACUGUACCACUUCUCUAAAUUUCAUCAUUGUGAGAUACAGGAAUGGGCAUAUGCCCUAAACCACAGGUGGACAGUUAUUUCAGCUGGAGAGCCACUAAAUGGGUUUUGGUGAGCAGUUAAGGGCUGCACACACAAAAUCUUUUAGAAGAUAUAAUUUUAACAAAUUAUAGACUAAAAAAUCAGAUACUAAAACAUUUUAUUUUAACUUCAAAAUUUAAUUUUUGUCCUGAUUUGUUUUUUUUUUUAAUAACAUAUAUUGAGAUG